GCUACUACACGCACGUCAACUUCUGGCACCUCUGGUAGUACGACUGGAGAUCAACAAAGUGCUGAGGCAUCUCCGAAGUCUUCUUGGGUUUCCGUCGCCACAGGGGAAACAAUCGACUUGAACCGAUGCGGGGAACCGAUCACCAUCAUGCUGCAGGAUAGCAUGACGAAAGAACCGGUCAAUUUCUCGAGGAUUCAAGAGGUGAAAAUCGAAAACACGGUGUUUGGUCCGCGGUUUUUGCAGAUAGGUGCUCAAUUGGCAGCCAAGUCACAUGCAGUGUUUACGUGGCAGUUUGGCGACAGCGGAAGGUUGCAGGUGACCCCCAAACAGGACGUGACAAAGGAUAUCCAGUUCAAACCAGCCAGUCAAGACUACGGAACCCAAUUCGUUUCGAAAAACUUAAACGAUGCGAAUCGGAAGAGUACUUCUUACUGAUACCCCUGCACUUUGUCGUAUCUAUACUAGCUUGUUGUUAAGAUGAGAUCUUGUCUUCGAGGACUUCUAUGAGGCGAAAAAGUGUACUCAUCCUGCUCAAGAAAGUAGGCGCUUUCUAAGUAGGAAAAACUGAAAAGCCUCUUUCCUUGAGUAUGAGUACACUUUUUCUUGUCAUAACUUCGACUUUAAUACUUAUUUAGUUUACUAGAAAGAGAUGAAGUUGUUCUUGUGCCUCAUCAUCAUCUUUCACCACGACCAGUGCUCUUAUUCCUUCUCGACCGUGUGAUGGAUCAUGGUACCAUGAACGAGGACUGCACCUACGUUGGAGAAAUCUCCAGUUUUCGCGCUGUCCUUUGGUGGGACCAGUAUCCGAAAGAUUUGGAUCUCUAUUUAUGGUUUUAUUUCUACUUCGACAAGAACAUGAUCAACGAUGAGAACAUGAACUAAAAAAUCUUCAAAACGAAGAAAUAUUAUGUAAUUCAUGAUGUGUUGAGUUUCCAUAGAGGGACCUCGUCCAGGAAGUCCAUAAACCAAGAAGGACGAGCACUCUCUAACCACCGCUACCUACGCAGAAUGCUAUGACCAAAUCUAUGAAUUUGAAACGGCUUUGCAGAGCAGUAUGAAAUUUCGCAGUUUGAACUCUGAAGAGGAAAGAACACCGAAGCGUGAAGAAGAUUCUGUGGAGGCCAGCAAGGAUGCGGGACCAACCACCGAUCUGUGGAUUUGGAGUGUACUGAUUAUUCUAUUCUUCAUGUUGUUACAACAAUGAAAAUGUAAAUAAAUCAUGAUUAUGCAACGGUAUCUUCAUGUCCAACAACGUGAGCACUUAAUAUCGUGUCCUCAUCAACAAGACCUCAUUCUUGGAAAAAACUCUUGAAUAAAAUUAAAACCCCUCACGUUGUACAAUCAUCAUCAACCAGUACUACAGAUCAAUCCAACCCCCUCGUAUUCGAUCUAUUUUGACAAUGGACUUGCCGUGACACGGAAAGGGAAGCCUGUGUACUCCAAGUCUCGAGGAACUGGCCAUCCUCGGGAAUUCGCAACCGACGAAUUCGAUGAACUCAAAAAGUGGUACAAGAAGUACCCUGAUACAGAACAGUUGACGUCCUUUUACCUUCCGCAUCCCGAUGAGCCGAGGGGGGAGGCGAAGAAUUAGGAGAAGAUGAAGUUUUCAAUGUUGACAUCCGGUUUUUCUUAUAGAUACUUUGUUUUCGAUUUCGACCAGAACUACGUCUAGUAUUAUCCAAGAGAGCACCAGUUCCUCACGACAACUACGUCUACUCAACGAACUGUUGAACACCUACAUCAUGCUUAAAAAUUUUACUGGACAUGAAAGUGUCUGUCAUCACAUGAGUAGAACUUCUCUUCUUUGCAUUUCCUCUAAAAAAUGCACCGUGCAGCCACCGGCAAUCCUUUGCUCUUCUUCGCAUCACACCCCCGAUACAGUGGUUACACGAAUCUCGACAUUCGCGGAGCAGGCUAUGACAUAUGUCCGAUCGUAUCCUGUGCAUCGCGCCUAAACGAGAUCAAGAACGGCAAAAAAGUCGUCAUGUACGACAAGAAACAGUGUACGCCGACCGUGAACCAAAGGUCCAAGUGGGUAUCUUGGGUAUCCCCACUACUGAUGCAUCUUGAAAAAGCAUAUGGGAGGAGAGAAGCGAUUCAGCAUGCGGGAAGUGUGUCGUUUGCCAAUAGGUACUUUAAUAUGCUGGUGAAUACUUAUUUUACUUACUUACUUACUUACUUACUUACUUACUUACUUACCCUACAACUUCCUUCCUUCCUUACUAGUGCUAGUCUGUGGUCUGCGUCUGGCUUCAAGUGGGGUCUUCGAUUCCCUAGUGAAGCUGAAUCUUGUCGUUACUUUUUUCAAAAGACAACAGACGAGAUGUAGAUCAAAAUCCUCACACUUCUUGUUAGUUCCAUCUGCUCUCCUCUACUUCUCGACACCCCCUAAGUUGUCUUCGAUUCCCUAGUGAAGCUGAAUCUUGUCGCUACUUUUUUCACGACCCCAGGUUAACCGACUCUCUCAAGCAAGAGCAGGAGCGGAAGCGCAAGCUUGUCGAAAAAGGCGAACUUUCCAACAGGCGAUACGAACGCUUUCUGAAGUCAAUGGCGAUGCGGAAAGCUAAGGGCGCAAGUCGUGUGGAGCUAGACAUCGAUCAUCGAGAUGGCUUUGGGCCAGAGACGAUUACGAUGACCAACGUCCCACCAGGCAUCUACAAAUUCGCUGUCCACGCCUUCACAGAGGAUAUGUACUUGAGGGAUGCGACGCCGACGGUACUUGAUGUAGUUCUUUUUAAGAUAGAAGAAUAGGCUUGUUUCUUUGAUUUCAAUUUCUGUUGCGGUUCUUCACUUGAACAAGAUCAUAAUAGAAGUUAGUAACAGAAUCGUCCCUAUUACAACUACAUGUAUUACAACUAUAAUAAGUAUGUAUAGUUUGGUCCUAAUCCUAAAGCUAAACCUGAUUAACUUGUUCUAUACAACGCUACUAAAAUCUUUCCUUGUCGUCUCCUUCCUUUUCAGGUCAAAUUUUGGCUUGGUGACACAGUGUUGAUACACUGCAAGCUGGAUAAAGACAGUUGCGCAGACCCCCAAUACAGUGACAUUCGCUGGUGGAAUGUGGCUACUCUGGCAGUUGAGGAGCUGCCUACCAAAGUGCUGAUUGACUUAUGGUUGGAUAUUUGAUAUCGGUAUGUGAAGGUCAUUGAGAUUGAUAUUAAUCACAAUUUUUUUUUUAAUGGAGCCAAAGCCGGUCUUUGUUUCUUGGAUCUUCAAUCUGAUGAAUGUGGAUCCAAAUUAUCCAAAAAAACUCCAACAACAUCCUCGUCAUCUUCUAACCCCCGGCGCCGAAAAGCAAUCUUACCGCGUACGACUCCUAUCCAACGAGAAGAAGCGCGAAAAGCGAAUGCAGUGGCGCGAUCUUCCGACACGAGAGGACUUGAGUCCAGACUUUGCGCGGACGAGUCGGCGGCGUUAUUACAGACGAGUGGAUCUCGUCUAUGAGAACGAGGAUAAAGAAGAGGAGAAGAGCGAAAGCAACAAUUGGACGUUGCAGGAACAGACAUGUGCUUCGACAUGCUGGAUCGAGAAGGGAGAUGGAUCCAAGUGCAUGGCAGAGUAAGGAGUAUGUACUGUAAGUAUCUAUGUAUAUUGUGAUCACAGAAGUGUAAGUGAUUCUUGCAUGCUUGGGGAUGCGAACACGAGUUGAUGCUCGUUAUGGUAGCAGGGUGAGUUGGGAUAACAAUGUGACGAAUACUUGGAAGAUGAUCGAUCAUGAACACGAUGUGCAUAUGAUGCAUAGCCAGUAUUUUGUGGCUCUAAUCAUGUAAAAUUCAUCUGUAUUCGUUGCUCUGAAUAAUUUCUUGUCAACAUUUCUUUUUCUAACCAGCAUAGCACUAUGUCAUAGUUGUUUUAAAGGAAAUUUUAAUAUUGAUUUUAGAACUUUAUUUUUUGAACCAUAAUCAUAUUUUUCUUAGUUAUAGUGUGAAUGAUGAGUGGUACUAGCGAUUUUUUCGUCACCAUCAAUGUGUUGUCGUACUUAGCGUCGCUAGCGUCGAUAGCGAUAGCGUGCGCCUUAUAUGAUUUGUUUUUGCGUUAUCACUUAUAAAUGUAAGCAGUAAAAAGUGUCUACUGCUACCGUAGUAUAGAUCGUGUCCUCUCUUUACGAGUUACCCAACCAGCAAAAAAUGUACAGGCCAGCGCGACAGGUUGGGUAAUAUCUCUUCUAAAAUUUUGCUCAUCUUUGAAAAUUCAUCGAACCUUUUUACUGGCCCGUCGUACUCAGGACAGAAAUGUUCAUCUCCUGUAUACAUCGAAGUUAGUAGUACCAAACUAAAAACAUAUAAUUAUGUAGGUGUAUGGGCAUUGGCAUGGAUCCUGAUGAUGUAUGAUCAUGAUCUUCUUGACUGAAAUUUAAAAUUUUUCGGGGUCUGUGCACUCCGAUCCGACAUGAAGAUAGACCCACAACAUGUACUAAGUACAUAUAAUCUACGUAGUUUAGCUUUAGAACAAGUACUCAUGAUCAGAGUCAUUUUUCAGUAUGUUGUCGUGUCUUAUCAGUUGUUUGUUGGACGAACCAUUUGAGGGAGUCCCAAACCAGAUAUUGUGAGAAAUACUCUCGAUUACUCUCGAUGAUCUUCUUGCUUACGCACGUAGGUCAGGACUCGUCUUCAAAGAAGAAACUCUUUUUCCACACCAGCAUGCGAUGUGUGCCCCCGUCUCAGAGCUACGGUUCCUGUACAGCCUGUGCUUUCAUAAGGCCGACUUCAACUUAUCCUACCCCUGAAUCCGAAUCGACAU